ACAAAUAAUCUAUGAGACUUCAGUCAGUAGGAGGCCGUCGCCCACAGACAGCAAGUCUAUAAAGGGCAGCGCCUCCUCUCUCCCCCUGUCUCCCCUCCUGUCUCACAUCCUGUCUCCCCUCUCAUCAUGGCUCCGGUUCUCCUGCUGGUUCUGCUCGGCCUGGUUCAGCUCGGCUCGGCUCAGCCAGUGGAUCUGAAGAAGCUUCAAGCCGCUCUGCAGGAUCUGCAGGUCGAGAGGCGAGAGAUGAGCUUGCGUCUGGACAUGGCUGAGAGGGAACUGAAGAGAGUGAAAGAAACCCCUAAAGUUGCGUUCGCUGCCUCGCUGGGAGGAAACGGCCUCGUGAAGGCGACGAGUGGAAACAAAAACCUCGUCUACACGGAGCUGCUGACCAAUGUCGGGGGGGCUUACAACACCAACACAGGUGAGUUCACGGCGCCGAUUCGUGGAGUUUACUACAUCCGCUUCACCGCCAACGCCCCCUCCAACUUCCCCAUGAGCGCCGUGCUUUACAAGAACGACAACAAGAUCGAGCUGAUCGCCCACGAGCAGCCGGGGGGCGAGGGCAGCGACACGGCGUCCAACGGCGCCGCCCUGAUGCUGGAGGAGGGCGACAGACUGAAGAUGGUGCUGUGGACCAACACUCAGAUCUGGGACAACAGUAACCACCACAGCACCUUCAGCGGCUUCCUGCUGUUCUCAAUGGUGGACGAACCUCCAAAAGAGUUUGACGCUGAAGCCGAGAUGAAGACCCUUGAGGUUUCUCUGAUGCAGCUUCAGGCAGAAAACAGAGGCAUCCUAGAGAGACUGAACAGCACAGAGAGCGAGCUGAAGACGAUGAGAGAUGUACCGAAGGUGGCGUUUGCCGUCUCUCUCGGAGGUAACGGCCUCGUGAAGGCGACGUCAGGAAGCAAAACUCUCAUCUACAAAGACGUCAUGACAAACAUCGGACAGGCGUACAACUCUGAGACCGGUGUGUUCACGGCCCCGAUUCGUGGAGUUUACUACAUCCGCUUCACCGCCAACGCCCCCUCCAACUUCCCCAUGAGCGCCGUGCUUUACAAGAACAACAACCAGAUCAAGCUGAUCGCCCACGAGCAGCCGGGGGGCGAGGGCAGCGACACGGCGUCCAACGGCGCCGCCCUGAUGCUGGAGGAGGGCGACAGACUGAAGAUGAUGCUGUGGACCAACACUCAGAUCUGGGACAACAGCAACCACCACAGCACCUUCAGCGGCUUCCUGCUGUUCCCCCAGUGAGCGCCUUAUAAACGACCUGGAGGAACCUUUAAGACGACUUGAUUCAUUCACAUCUAAUGUACAAAUGAAUGAAAUAAAAAGAAGCUUGUUUAAAUCAUUAAAA